AUGUCCCGAUUACUUUUUAUAUUGUCUGUGGUCUUUUUAAUAAUCUAUUUCUUUGACAUAGGAAGAGAAAUUAAUCAUAAUAACUUAAAUAAAAUAAAGUUAGAUCAAGAAUUAGCAGAAAAACGUCAAAAAUUAGAACAAGAUGCUGUUGAAAUAACUCGUCAAAAGAUUAAAUAUCUCAAAAUAUUUAAAAAAUUUAAUAAUUGGAUUCCAGGAUCUAAUCGCAUUAAUAAUGUUGAAAGUUUAAAAAAUUUUCGAAACCGUUUGGAAUGCGUUACUACAAAAGGUAAAUGGGAAUUAGAUCUUACUCCAAGAUCUUUAAUUAAACACAAACAAGAUCCAUUAUAUAGGAAAUGUCAUAAGAGACAUCAAAAUAGUGUUGGUCACCAAAUUACUUCUGUAGAAGAAGAAUGGAAUUUAAUUCCAGAAUCGGCAAAAUAUGUUUGGGAAACACCAAAGGAGGAAUGCUCUAUGCCAAAAAUAAAUGUUGAUCAAGCUUGUGAUCUAAUUUCGGGACUUAAUAUUUUCUUAGUUGGAGAUAAAUCACAUUUUCAAUUACAUGAACUUUUAUUAGAUUUUUUUCAUGAAGGUCCUGUUCAAUGUUAUGGUGAAUCCGCAUGUAGUUACCACAUUCUUUGUAACUUUAUUUCUAAUCGCGAUAGAAAAAAAUCAACAAUGAAGUUUAUAAGAAAUGAUAUACUUUCAACCGGAAGUAAUCCAUCACAAGUAGGAAUUAAAGAUUUACAACUUCCUUGGCUGAUGCCAGGCCCUAAUGUUUACAUUUUAAACAAGGGACAUCAUUGGCAAGACGAUGAGACAUUUCGAGAUAGUUUAAUAAACACCGUUAUACGUAUAAGAGAAAAAUCUCAAAAUUGUCUCAUAAUUUAUCGUGCUACUACUAUAGGACAUUUAAACUGCCAAAAUGUUGAUAAACCUUUGCCUGUUCCUCCGAAUGCUACAGAGUUAGAAAGUCUUCCUUAUCAUUGGGGCGAUAUUCAUAGACAAAAUUUAAUCGCUAAAGAAAUUAUUGAAGCUGUUGGUGGGGUAUUUUUAGAUGUAGAAUCAAUUAUGAUUACAAGAGCAGAUGGUCAUAUUGGUGGUCGAGAUUGUUUAAGAUGGUGUAUUCCUGGACCUGCAGACGUUUGGUUAGAUUUUUUAUUUUACACUUUACAAGAGUUGUUGUGA